ACCGUUCUGUUUUGUCUUCCAGGGUUUGGCAUGACCACCCCAGCCACCGUCGGAGGCAAAAUCUUUCUGAUAUUUUAUGGCCUUAUAGGAUGUGCAGGGACCAUUUUGUUCUUCAACCUGUUCCUGGAGCGCUUGAUCACUGUCAUAGCCUAUGUCAUGAAGUCCUGCCAUGAAAGACAGCUGAGGAGGAAAGGGGUCCUCCCUCACAACAGCCGGCGGGGCUCGGGGACCUCCGAGGUGGACAGCCUGGCGGGCUGGAAGCCCUCCGUGUACUACGUCAUGCUGAUUUUAUGUGUAGCAUCGCUCAUCAUUUCCUGCUGUGCCUCUGCAAUGUACACACCGAUCGAAGGGUGGAGUUACUUUGACUCGCUUUACUUCUGCUUUGUGGCCUUCAGCACCAUCGGUUUCGGUGAUCUGGUCAGCAGCCAGAACAUCAAGUAUGAGAGCCAAGGCCUUUACCGCUUUGGCAAUUUUGUCUUCAUACUCAUGGGGGUGUGCUGCAUCUAUUCCUUAUUUAACGUGAUCUCUAUCGUCAUCAAACAAUCCAUAAACUGGAUAUUAAAGAAGCUGGACUGCAGGUGCUGCCACAGAUGCCAAAGAAAAUUAUUUCGUUCACGGAGGAACGUGGUAAUGCCUGGAAAUGUGCGCAGCCGGAGAAACAUCUCCAUCGAGACUGAUAUUGUCAAUGAGAGCGACACAGACGGACGCCGGCUGUCGGGCGAGAUGAUCUCCAUGAAAGACUUUCUGGCCUCCAAUAAGGUCUCACUAGCCAUCAUGCAGAAACAGCUGUCGGAAACUGCUAAUGGCUAUCCGAGACAAAUGAGCUCUAAUUCAAAGCAAAAUGGAUUCUCCGGUGGGGUUGGAGCCCUAGCAAUUAUGAAUAACAGACUGGCAGAGACAAGUGUGGAUAGAUGAAAUAAUAAGAAUAAUAACAGUGGAACAGCAUGAAUCAUUUCAGCAAGUAUAGAAACAACAUGAAUCAAGUGGAAAUAGCUAGGGAGAGAGUUAUCGCCAGAGGGUGGGAUGGAUGUGAACGGCAUACCUGCUGCUGGAAGACCUCUGACACUUUUGGGGGGCUGUCACUUAAUGUCUUUGCUCUUUGAAUUGCACCAGUCUCAGCCUUCCUUAUUCCCCUUCCUUCUGUUCCUCAAACAGGUCACUGCAGGGGAAAUUUAAUUCAGCCUUCAGAUCAGUUUUCUAUGUCCUGUUCUCCUCCAUUUAUGUGAAAUACAGAUUUCAGGAUAAGAAAUUUGUGGUAUGGGAAGAAACCAAGUGUGUUUACUGAAUACAUUCUUAAUUCAAAGAUCGUUAUGAGCUCUCUUACUCUCGUCAUGCCUGUUUUCUGAAAGUAGCUUAUUUGAGACCAAAAGAGGAAUCAGCCUUUCUCUGUAAUACUGCAGAUAUAAUUUAAUGGAAUAAAACCUCAAAACUAUUUUCUUUUAUAUAUCACUUCUUAAAAUGU